AUGGAAUCACUCUUACAUAUUAUAUUAGUGGAAAAGUGGAGGAUGAUUCUGGGCACAGCUCUCGUCUUGUACAUGGCUUAUGAGCAGCUUUCCCAUAAGUGGAAGGCGAAGCACUUGCCAGGGCCAAGAUUUGUCGUUCCGCUUCUAGGCAAUGCAUACGGGAUGGUGGCAGACCCUGUAAAAUUUUGGGAAGAUCAGGCGAAAACAGCCAUGAAGACUGGAGUUUCCUGGAAUGUCUUGUUAGGAAAGUUCAUUGUUUUCGUGAGGGACUCAGAGCUGUCCAGGAAAAUCUUCAUGAACGUGUCACCUGAUGGGUUUCGUAUGAUCAUCCAUCCCUUCGGUAAAGACCUUUUCGGUGCGGAAAACAAUUUCAUUUUCAUGUUCGGGGAGGAACAUCGAGACCUGAGAAAACGAUUGGGUCCCAUUUUCACCUUCAAAGCUCUGGCACUCUACAUUUCCAUUCAAGAGAGCUUGAUACGGAAACACAUUGCUCAGUGGAUCAAGCUGUUCGAAACCAGGAACGAACCACUACGAAUGAGGUUUUUGCUCCGUGACAUGAAUCUAGAGACAUCUCAGACUAGUUUCGUCGGAACUUACUUAACCGAGGAAGAGAGAAUCCAGUUCAACAAGAACUACGAAAUCUUCAACAAGGGAACCAUGACUCUGCCAUUCAACAUUCCCGGGACGACUUACUACAAAGCCAAAAAUGCUGCUCCGUUCCUGAUCGAUGCAUUGGCAAAAUGCGCUGGUCUGAGCAGAGCAAGGAUGAGCAAGGGAGGAGAACCAGCAUGCGUCAUCGAUUUCAUUCUGGUUGAGACUCUGAGAGUGAUCGAGGAAGCUAAGGCAGCUGGCAAACCUGCACCAUCUUACACCAGCGACGAUGACAUCGGGGCCCAGGUGUUUGAUUUCUUGUUCGCAGCACAGGACGCCUCCACCUCAUCUCUGGCCUGGUCCAUCGUGUUUCUGGAUGCUCACCCUGAGAUUCUUGCCAAGGUGCGAGAGGAGCAGCAGCGGGUGAGGCCUGAUCUUCUUGCUCCCAUCACGCCGGAGCAGCUGCUGCGCAUGGAGUACACGACCAUGUAUGUCAAGGAAGUGCUCAGAUUCCGCCCACCCGCCACGCUCGUACCACACCUGGCCUUGACGGACGACUUCAUGCUCACCGACACAUACAAGAUCCCCAAGGGUGCACUCGUCUUCCCAUCCCUGCUGGAAUCCUCGUUUCAAGGCUUCGUCGACCCUUACAAAUUCGACCCCGACAGAUUCUCUCCGGCAAGGCAGGAGGACGUGGUGUACAAGCGCAACUGGCUGUUGUUCGGAGCUGGACCUCAUCAGUGCGUGGGCCAACGAUACGCUCUGAACAACCUCACUCUCUUCACAGCUCUGUGGUCCACUAUGGUGAACUUGGACAGAGCCCGCACCCCGGGCUGCGAUGAGAUGAUCUACACCCCCACCAUCUCUCCAAAGGACGACGUCUUCGGUCGAGUGACGGCCCGUUUUGCCGUCGCUUGA